UGUGAGCAGUGGUCGCAGGAGAAGAGGAAGAUGAUGAUGACCGAAGUGGCCAACCACAGCAAAAGGAACCACACCGACAGCUACUUCAGUGGGAAGCAGGCCGUCGCCACCAGCAGCGGCUCGGAGGAGUUCGUGGGCAUGGGGUCGAAGAAGCCGAGGAACGCGAGCCCGAGGGGCGGCGGCGGUCCCAUAUCGCCAAAGGAGAAGAAGGACAAGGUCGGCGAGAGAGUGGCGGCGCUGCAGCAGCUGGUGUCGCCUUUCGGGAAGACGGACACUGCUUCUGUUCUUCAGGAGGCGUCAGGCUACAUCAAGUUCUUGCACCAGCAGCUGGAGGUUCUUAGCUCUCCGUACAUGCGCGCUCCGCCGGCGCCCGGCGCCGAGCCUGAGGACCCAGACCACUACAGCCUGCGGAACCGCGGGCUCUGCCUGGUGCCGGUGGAAGAGACGCUGCAGCUGACCCAGAGCAACGGCGCCGACCUCUGGGCGCCGGCCAACACCACCAGGCGCAGAUAAACCCAAGCUAGCGCGCUUCUAUCUUCGCAGACCGGCCAAGAAUAGAGCCUGGACGACGACGGCAGCACCAAAUCGUUUCUCUGAUCCUGAACGUACCCUGUCCUGGCGCCAGUAGUAAUGUGUAAUCCUAAGUAUAUAGCGAAACGACGCACCGCCGAACGAUCGAUCGAUCGACCUGUGUGUGUCUGUGUAAACUCUGUGGUUUAACAUGGUAGCGACCUGUUGCUGUCGCUGACUAAUUAAAAUCAGCAGUUCGAUGCCA